AUGGCAGUGACGGAAGUGACGUCAGCAGAGGCGUUUAAUGAAGCAGCCAAGGAUGGGGCGCCAGUGGCCGUGCAUUUCUGGGCGGCAUGGUGCGAGCCGUGCAAGCACAUGGACGUGGUGUUUGGGCAGCUGGCCGCUGAAAACCCACAUGCCAAAUUCCUGAGAGUGGAGGCAGAGGAGGUGCCGGAGCUCUCUGAGAAAUACUCAGUAUCGGCUGUACCCUUCUUUCUCUUCCUCAAGGAUGGCGUGGUGGUGGACAAAUUGGAGGGCGCCAACCCCCCCGAGCUAGCCCACAAGGUGGCGCUGCACAUCGCUGCACCCUCCGCUGCCACCAACUUCAAUGCUGGCGGCUCUGCUGCUGCUGAAGUCAUCGAAUCGGUUCUCCACUCCGCUCGCACUGCAGCCUACCCUGCUGCUGCUUCUCCUGCUCCUGUUGCUCAGCCAGAGCAACCCUCCAGGAUGAUUGCCCCGCCUGCAGGCUCGGACAAGCCGGAGCUGUCCCCGGAUCUGAAGGCUCGGAUCGAGGCUCUCCUGGCCUCCCACCCAGUCCUUCUGUUCAUGAAAGGCACCCCCAGCGCCCCCAGAUGUGGCUUCUCCUCCAAGGUUGUGUCUGUGCUGGAACAGGACUUAGGCUCUGCGGCGACUGGUGCGUACGGGUCGUUUGAUAUUUUACAAGACGAGGAGGUUCGGCAGGGUUUGAAGGUGUAUAGUGACUGGCCGACUUUCCCACAGGUGUAUUGCAAGGGGGAGUUGAUUGGGGGGUGUGAUAUCGUGCUGCAGAUGCACGAGAGUGGGGAGCUGAAGGAGUUGUUCGCUGAAAAAGGGGUGCUGGGAGGGGUGGCGAAGGGAGACGCAGCAGGAGGAAUAGGAGCGGUGGCAGCCGGAACCGGGGUAGGAGCAGCAGUAGCAGUGGAUGGGGAGGUUGAUGGGGCAAAGGGGUUGCAAGAGCGGCUGAAGGCUCUGCUCUCUUCAUCACCUACCAUGCUGUUCAUGAAGGGAACACCCGAGGAGCCCCGGUGUGGGUUCAGCCGUAAAGUGGUUGAUGCACUCAAGUCAGAAGGCAUUCCCUUCGGCAGCUUUGAUAUCCUGACGGAUGAAGCAGUGCGGCAGGGGUUGAAGGAGCUUUCUAAUUGGCCCACGUAUCCCCAGCUGUACCACAAGGGCGAGCUGAUUGGUGGAUGCGAUAUUGUGCUUGAAAUGAAGGCCAGUGGGGAGCUCAAGGCAGAGCUUGGAGGGUGA